AUAGCGGCCGAGAGAGCAGACAGGUGGAACAGUCCACUUACAACCAGCACCACCACCAGAUACACCGGGGAUGCUGAAACACGUGUCCGCGUCGCCGUGGCGCAGCCGCUCCGACAACGUGAGCUUGGCCUCGAGCGGCGGUACGAGCAGCUGCGGAAGCGGAAGCCCCGGGCACACGCCCCCGCCAUCGAGGGCCUCGUCCUGCGCCUCCCUCCUACCGAUCUCGGCCCGAUCCAGCAUCUCGCCGGCCGACCCCACGCCCCAACAGACGAUGAUAAAAAUCUACGCCAAGUGCCUGCGGCCGGACAUAGAGUACAAAACGCUGAGCAUACAUUACGAGACGACCUGCCGGGAGGUGGUCCAGACUCUGUUGAACAAGUUCAAGAUGAGGCACCGGGAUCCACGGCUGUUUUAUCUUACGAUGGAGGUCACGGUCAGGAGGACCAAUGUGCGCACUAUCUUGCCCCUCGACGAGGACUCGAGGCCCGCCGUGCUCCAGUCCUGCCACCCCCGGGGAGACUCGAGAUUUUCCCUGCAGAUGCGUCGCGGUGGCCUCGUCAAAAUAUACGACAGCGCUCUCAUGUCCGGGUCAAAGUACAAAAGCCUGCUGAUCUCGGAGAAGACGUCGGUGGACGAGCUCAUACAGAUGCUCCUGAGCUGCUACAACUCGACCGAGCGAGUCGAACAGUUCUCCCUGUACGAGGUCUGCGAGAGCGAGGAGUACCAGCGAAAGCUCCACCCCGACGAUUCGCCCCUCAAGGUGACCCAGCGCUGGACCAGCCACGAUUGCCACUUGCGCAUCAGGCGUAAUCCAGAUUACAAUCCUCACAGGCGAACGAGUAUGUGGGCUUCGGACACGAGCAUAGCCCUGGCCAUGUCGAAGCUACAGCUUCAGAACAACUCGCACAACCUCCACCACCACCACCACCACCACAAUCACCACCACCACCACAACUGCAUCAACAAUCGGUUGCUCAACAAAAACAGAGAUAUCACCUACACCGACAACAACCAUUGCAACCUCGGACAGGUCCACGCGCACGUACAGAGUUGCGCCAUGAGGAAUAAAAAGAGCAACAUCGGCAAGGUACAACCCUGCAGCCAUAGCAUCCUGGCCUCGUUGGCCCACCAACAGGUCGACCAGAUCGUCCUGCCGCACUCGUCGCAGCUGCAGCCGAGCACACCGACCACCAACUCCCAUGACGACUACGAGAACUACCUCUUCAUCUAGCUGUCACGCGCGUCGUGGUCGAUUUUUACCUUUUCCGGCUUGUAAAGCGCAGCGACGAUCUGACUUUUCUACACGGCAUCGACCGGCAGGCCUGAAUGUUUUUUUUUUUUUUUUUCUUAUCGUACAAAAUUUAAAAAAAAAUUAGCUUCGUCGUUGCUUUGUUAUGCAGUAUUGAAGUAUAUAGGCUUAGUGUGCAAAUCUCUCGGGGUAUAUAAUAUGUAUAUGCGUAUUGUCUUGCGCGCGACUUAUUGCACAUCGGAUUAGCCUUGAAAUACUUUCGUGUUACCUUUUUAAACUACAUCGGUUUUAUAAAUUUACAUAUACAUAUUAUACGUAUUUUGUUAGAAAUUGUAAAUACUUUUUUUUCUUUUUGCGUUUCCUUCAACACAAAUGUCGAAAGAGAAUAUAAAACUGUACAACUACCUAGGUACAAUUACUUUAGUCAAUGUUACAAAUGAAUUACCAAAGGUAUAGUUGUAUUGAGAUAUGAGUUGUCGAUACAUUUUUUAAUGUAUGUAUCUGCUCGUCGUUUAUGUGUAAAGAAAAAAAAAAAAAAAAAUGUAUUGGAU